AUGCGCUCUAGUAUCAUUUCCUGCGUCGUGGCUAUUGUCUCUGUCGCUGAGGCCACCAAGUUCACUCAGCCCCAGGGAGGCAAAUGCUACGACAUCACGCUUCCGUUGAAUGUUGCGUGGGAUGAUAUCACCGAUACGGGCAACGUCUCCUUCUUCCUCUCUAAUCAAAAUGGCGCCUACCCGAACGUCGACUACCCAUACCACGUCAAUAUCCCGAUUACUCAGGGAACUAUUACUCUCCCGGGACUCGAUCAGAGCACGGCUGCCGAUUACGCCAAAAGAAAUAACGGAGGUGGAAAGGGAUACCAAAUCCGACUUGUCCGCCCUGAUGCCGCUUCGAGCAAUGGCUUCAUCACUCAGUCGGAGGCAUUCACCAUUGUGGCGCCUGGGACAGGCAAUACGUGCCCGUCUACCUAG